AUUCCUUCACAGUCAAGCUUCAAUCCGGAGCAGUGAACGCAGCACCACGUAUUGCAGGGGUUUCCCUCCCUAUCUGAGUAAUUAACCUGCCUCACUCGGGUUAUUCUCCAGUCUUUCCAGGAUCUCCCUGGGUGUCACGCUUUUUUAAUUACUGCACUUGAUCUCGGGCUUUCUUCCAAGUUUUUACAACGCCUCUUUUUUUCCCUGCUGUUAUGAAGAAAAACGCGACGCUUGCAAGUUGAUUCCAGCCCCCAGCGCGUGCAGGACAGGUGCAGGACAGGUGCAAUACAAUCCUCCCCUAAUUAGCAGAGGAUGGCUCUGCAGCCGGUGAACGUGAGUGUGGCGGAUGUGGAGGUGUUGUCGGGCUGUGUGGAGCAGGGGAACCUCACUAUGGAAGUUACCGACUACAAUAUCAGCUGCACGAAUAGCUCCGUCGUCCCUAGACCCGGACCCAGAGUCAAAGAGAUGGACUCGUUCCGCAUCCUCCUCUACGUGCUCAUCUUCCUCCUGAGUGUCGUCGGCAACCUGCUCAUCAUCCUGGUCCUGAUGCUGAACAAGCGCAUGCGGACGGUCACCAACUGCUUCCUGCUGUCGCUGGCGCUCAGUGACCUCAUGAUGGCCAUCUUCUGUAUGCCCUUCACCUUAAUCCCCAACAUCCUGAAUGACUUCAUCUUCGGGGGCACCAUGUGCAAGGCCAUCUCGUACCUUAUGGGAAUCUCCGUCAGCAUCUCCACCUUCAGCCUUGUGGCCAUUGCCUUUGAGAGAUACAGCGCCAUCUGUAACCCUCUGAAGUCCCGGUCUUGGCAGACUAAGUCCCACGCCUACCGCGUCAUCACUGCCACGUGGGCGCUGUCGCUGCUAAUUAUGGUGCCCUAUCCGGUGUUCAGCGUCAUAGUGACUUUCCCUAAGGGCAAUGGAACUGUCCGCAACGGAACUGUCAGCAAUGCAACUGUCGUCAACAUGUGUCGGCUUGAUUGGCCCAGCAAGGAAGCUGAGCAGACCUGGUAUGUGCUGCUGCUGUUCGUAUUGUUCUUCAUCCCGGGAGUCGUGAUGAUGAUAGCCUAUGGUAUGAUCUCCAGAGAGCUCUUUCGGGGCAUGCAGUUCGAGAGCAACGAGACCGCUGGCCAGAAGAACGGUGCUGCAAAGCCUCUCACAGCCAAUGAUGACGAUGAUGGCUGCUACGCCCAGGUAGCAAAAAAGCCCAACUCUGCCGUGGAGCUCCCCACCCUCUCCGCCUCAGCUGCUGCCACCCAAGCCAAGACCGAGCGUGCCCGCAGCAACACCUCAGAUGCAAAGCUGCAGGCCAAGCGGCGAGUCAUCCGCAUGCUCAUGGUGAUCGUGGCGCUCUUCUUCAUCUGCUGGAUGCCGCUCUACUCCGCCAACACCUGGAAGGCCUUCGACUUGAGGUCGGCCUCCAGAGCUCUCUCGGGAGCGCCCAUCUCCUUCAUCCACCUGCUGUCCUACAGCUCCGCCUGCGUCAACCCCAUCAUUUACUGCUUCAUGAACACGCGCUUCCGAAAGGCUCUGAUCGCCACCUUCGCCUGCUGCUGCCGCAACCGCUUCUGCCGCCACUGCUUGUGGUGCCGCAAGAGGGAGGCGGGCGAGGACGGCACGACGGCUGUCUCCAUGGCUACGUCUAUGGCCACUUCCGUGUCCAAGAUUAGUUACACCACUGUCGGCAACACCGGCAACUGCUGAGCCUCGUGGGGAUCCUGGGUGGUCACCUCGGUGGCUGUCAGGGCAGCAGUCAGUCCGUGUACCAUCUGUUUUUCCAAUUUCCUGAUUUUCCCUCUUCAUCUUAAUGUGCUAUGAGUCAUGAGCUGAGUAAUAUCCCUGCCCUCAUUUGCGAGGCCGUUUUUUUUUUAAAAGGUCUCUUUCAAAUACGUGUGCAUGGCUGCAGAAUGUGAGACUGGGAAAACGCUGUUUCAGUGUGGUGACUUUUUUUCCUUCUCUUUUAUUGGCAGCAUCCGCUUUGUUGCAUCCAGAGGAGAACAUCAAGUGCCUGUGCUGUUUGUAAGUCUUUGUUCAUCCUGGCAGUUUGUUCACUCACAGACAUUAUUAGUGAAGAACUACACUGAAAAUAUGUACAUGUAAAUACUCACUGUGCCAAAGGUUAUUUAUGAGACAUACUGUUUACGAAUGAGGACUUUCACUGAACCAGUUCAGCUCCUUUUUUUUAUUUAAUGUUGUUUCAUGUUCAUUCAUUCAGGGCAUCUUUCUAUGUGUUCUCGGAGUUCAUCUAUUGCACAUCGUCCGCUCGCAAAUUUCCUGAAAAAGCUGAAUGCCAAGUAGUCAGCAUGUUUACACCAAAAAGACAUCAAAGGGAACAAAGUUAGUCCGGUUUCUCUGGACGAGCUCUGACUUAAUGUUUCAAAUUUACUGACCUGUGUUUCAUCACCUCUUGUAUUUAAAGCAUCUAUCCAAAAAUUAGCAUACUUUGGGGGAUUUUGGUUAGCAUCACCGUUUGCAGAGCAACUUUGUGAUGCAAGCUGAUAUUGGAGGUGCAUGUUUACAUCGACAUCUUGAAGAAGGCCUUACUGCAUGGUAUGCAUAAAUAAGAAAGCCUAGUGUGUAGAAUUUUGUUUAUCCACGCUGCAGCGCAUCAAACUGGAACCAAACAGGCUCGGUCAUGGAACAUAAAUCUCCUUUCUCCACUGCUAAAUAUGUAUGAUGAAUACUGAUGCAGACAUUAGCAUGAGGAUGUGGAUUAGCAGGAGAAAAAAAACAUCCAUAAAAGGCUGCAGUCCGCCCUUACAAACCACACAAAGAGGUGCUUUAGUCAAACUCACCUUCUCUGCUCAAUUAUCUCAGUGGCGUCUUUAAUGCACUCGCUCUGCCUUCUGCCUCAGCGCUGCCAAUUACUCUGAGCGCCACCCAAGUACUAGGACCCUGUUUCUGCAGGCGCACACUAACGAGGGGUUUCUCAGGGACCCUCACUCACGGCGCAAACAUCACAGCUAGAAGUGAUGACCGGUUUCUCCACUCAUGUGCCGUGUCUUAAGUCCUUCGAAUCUUGAUUGUUUAAAGAGCACAUUUCAUUCAUCAGCAAAAACCCGAACAGAUAAACUUAAUUUUUUUAGAAUAGAAUGAAAGUUAGAGCUCAAAAAGGAAAGCAGAGUAAGAUGAGAAGAAGUAACACUAAAUAUGAAGCUAGAACCAGGGAAUGGUUAGCUUAGUAUAACACUGGAGAAAGCUAGCUUGGAGCUGUUUCCUUGUCUAGGUCUUUUAUUUGAAACAUUUAUUGUUGGGUGUUGUGUUGUCACAUAAUUGGGCGGUUUACUUAAUAUGCUAAUGCACUUUAUGGCAGAAAAUACAGAGGAUUGAUACCACUCUUAGAUCUGCCUGUUGACAAGAGAGAUGUUCUAACAAUUCAAUACAACAACACUAGCUUAUUUAGGGGAAUUCUGUAUUUUAAAUUUAGUUUGAACUUAAAAAAAGGAAGCCGUUGAGAUUAAUCAUGUAAAAACUUUACAUAAAAUUUCUUUUUUUUGGUAUUAAAAACGCUUGAAUUGCUAACUGUGCUAUUCUUUUGUUGGUCACUAAAAUGUUAAAAAGGCGGCAAUUACAAAUUUAGCAUAGCAAUGAAUUAUGACAGGUUUUUUCAAAUUGGGAUGUUGCUAUUUGAUUAGCAACUGAAUUGCACAUUAAGAAGUCUACUUUAAGCAAAUUGAAGCACUAGCUUAAUUGAAAAUUUUAAGCAAAUUUGAUGAAAUGACAUUUUCAUAAAAGGAUAUGAUGCUCGUUAACAGAUUCUGAGUAAACCAUGCAGCUACACCAAAUUACAGACAUGAUAUUGUUACAUUAAAAUGCCAGUCGGCCUCCUUAUCGCUGUAUUUCUCCCCGUGAUGUAACACUUUGUCCCAUACACCGUGUACGUUGACAGCUUACCGCUGUCAUUCCCUAUCUCUUUUAACUUUGUUCCCCUUUUUAUGUGUUCUCCCAUCGCCGAGCACUCCAUGUCCCUUCAGCUCCCCCACACACCCACCACCCUCCUUUGUAUCCUUACUCCAAAGCAGGCGUACGAAUACAUGAAUGACAAUAGUGUGUGGGUGACAGCUGAGAUUUGCAGCGACAAGCACUGUCCGAAAGUACCGUAGAGGCUCCUCCGUCCGUCCGUGUAACCCUUCCUCCACCUCCCUUUAUGUUUGCAUUCACUUACAUGCUUUCUACACAUUCAGAAAGUUGAGCCGAUUAUGCAUUGAAAUGCAAACUGUUAAGCGUUUUUCAAUAACCAGAGCUUAGUUAGAAUAGUGACAGUGAGCCUCUUAAUCCAGGGCUGGUUUGGUUUUCUGAGGCAAAAUAAACCCAGUGCGUUUUUAAAGAAUAGAGCAGAACUUUCAGCUGAGCUUGCUUGUUAAAAAGAUAAGCCUGCCAGAGGGACCCAGAUUUUUUUUUCUUUUCAAACUGUACUGCUUUGUUGAAUUUUGCAUCUGUUUUGCCAUUCAACUCAGCAGGAGAGCAGGUGUGCAUUAUUUAUACCAGGGACACAACUCCUCUACUUUUUCGUACGUAGCCUCUUCAAAGUGCAACUUAUUCAUUCCUUACUUCUGAUACACAACCGUACGAAAAAGUGUUCUUCAGAGGUGAAAGAACUGCAGUCUUUCUUGGAUUUAGAAGCCAGUUAGUGAGAUUAAAGCACGUUCUUCAAAUGAUGUGUUAGAAUUCCUAAUCCGUACGUGAUCACCAAAGCAAAACAGCACAAAGAAUCAUGGGAUAUGUUGGGUUUUCAAAAGAAGCACCUGUUGCGUCCUAAUCCGUUAGCUUAAUUAGCUCAUUCUGCCCUGUCAAUCAUUUUUUAAAAGUCAUCUUUUUAUCAUUUCUAAGCUAGUUAUGACUUUGUGUUAUCUAUGUAAAAUUACAAGCAAUAGUUCUACGUGCUCGCUUGUAUUUAAGCUAACUGUUGCUUCAUUCUAAGCACAUUAGAAAGAGUGGUAUCAAUUGUCCUUUCUCACAAUUCAGCGUGAAAGUAAAUGAGCGUAAUGCCUGAAAUGUUAAAUUAUACCUUGAAGGAUAUACGGAGCACUUGGGAAACUGUAAGCCACUUGUCUGUAGCUGAGAAUGUCUCCUUAAACAAAGAGCAGAAAAAUAGAUUUUCAACACAGCACAGUAAGUUUUCAGACUCCUUAAAGAAAAAAAUAAAAAGCUCCUCUGAGGGUUGGAAAUCUAAUUCCUCCCCCUUUUCCCCAGAAAUAAUGCCUGAUGCAAAUUGAAACUGAAAUGAGACGGAGGCUGUGCGUAGUUGGUUUCUCCCCCUUAUCUCUACUUCCCUUGACAAGAAUCCCAUUAGGCGCUUCAGGCGGCGCACGAGGAGGAAAACAGCAAUCAGCUUCGCAAAAUGUGAUCCACUGGAGGGGGACACAAAACAGAAGAAGUGACAGCACACAAUGUGAAACUGCAGUGUCAUCUUUCAGGCACGUCACUUUUCUUGUAACCUCCUCAUAGUCCCGGUGAAUCAGUCGUGCUCUGAAAGAACACGGCAUGUCACUGGUGUCACAAAUACAUACGUGUCAUCACCGGUUCCUGUGCACUUCAUACUUUAUAGUGAGCUCUCUACGCCGCUCAUUAUUAUUUUGCUCGUAUUCGAGAAGCUCAUUAAAAUAAUUUUGUUGGUUUACACUUAAAUUGAGGGAUUACACACCCGCAGGAAACUCUUCUAACCUCCUGACUUUAAAAAAUCGCCAAACAAAAGCUUCUUUUUCACAUGGACUGCAAAUGUGUGAGCUGCAGCCAGCAGCAAUCACGGUCCAAACACUCGUAAGUACAUGAGAAAGAGAUGUUCCUUUAUUAUUUAUAAUGGCCUCCUGGAGGAGCAGCUGUGAGUAAAAUGUGCCUCUGCUAAAUUAUUUCUAUUUUGUUUUCCCGUGGAAUAAUUAAUAACUACAAACAGAGAACUUUGUAGCUUCGCCUUGGGCGCCGAAUGAAAUGUUGUGUUCUGGCCUACAGGUUCUGCACCUGAGCGCCACGAAGAAGCGCGUUCAAGUUCAACAACGUGAGCUGUCAAAGAAUCUCUGCUCCUUUUCAUGAUCAUGUUUUUAUACUCGGCCUUACAGAUUGUGUUCGUGUAGGUGGAACGCGUCCUUUGUGGCUUUUUUCGUCUACAAAGGAAGAGAAGGUGAAGCUCAACACCUUCGUAGUGUGAACAUGUACGUCAAGUUAAAGUCUCGCUUCAAGGGGAGAAAAACAUUCUGCAAAUAAACAGUCGGGCAUGCUGAGGUGACGAGCUAACGCGCAUCACGUAGCUCUAAUUAGCAUCGAGAACCCUUAUAAUGAAGCCGUCUGUGUUCGUGCGUCGACAUGCGUUCACCAAAGCAGCCUGUCAAGUCUGCUGGACUCUCUGCCACAUCUGGUGCCUGCUCGUGCUACAGUGUAACACUAUACAAACGUGUAAAUGUCUGUUCUCAUGUCUGUGGGAGGUUUUAAAUGUGAGGUUAUUGAUGUCUGUGAUGUUUUGCUUUAGCCGUAUCUCCAGUAUGAGCUAACGUAUAAUGAUGCAGUCUUGUUUUUCAUGGUUUGGUUCGUGGUGACUGGUGACAGAGAGGGUAUUUCUGAUGCCAAAAUAUCCAUUAUUUAACAGAGAAUAGAUAUUGGGGGGAAACAUGGUUAUGUCUUUAUGUUAUAUGUAUGAUUACUUCAAUAAAAAGUUGAUUUCUGGUAAAA